AUCUUUCCUUCGUAUAAUAUAUUUUAAAAUGGCCGUCCGCCAUGGUCACGACGGAUAGCGAACGAUAGUGUGUUUUGCGGAGUGUAUUCGUGAAAAAAGAGUGUCUGAUGGCGUCUGCAGCUCAUUCCGCGAGUGUGACGUGCUAAAUUUACUGCAAGUGUAGAAGAACGGUUCGGUUCUGGUUCGGAAGUGGCCGAAAUUCGCAUAGGAAUAUCUGCCGGAAGAAAAGCUUUCCGCGAAUCGGAGUAUGGCACAGAAGUGAUGAAAAAAACAGACUAACGCAGGUGUAAAACGAGAGAAAAAAACGAGAUCAUCCAGUGUUCACAGCUUUCGCUUCCUAAUUUCUUGUGUUUGCCGAAGUUGUACAGUUAAUUAGAGUAAUAAGAUGAACCGGAGUCCGGUGAGACUGGAGUGUUCCUUUCGCUAUAAUAUCAACUAUCGUUACUACUGCUGGUGCUACUUCUACUCAAGCCGUGCAUACGGUGGCUCGUGUUCGUCAGCUUGCCAUCCAAGGAAAAUUAACGUCUCGUAGUCACUGGUCGUAGGACAGAUCAUUCCUACUGAAUUUGCUUCAAAACUACGCAACCGUCGCAAAAGACACUGUAACUGUAUAGAUAGAAAAGCAGGAAAUACCCUAAGAAAAGACGCGGAGCAAAACUUUGUGUACUUCGUAACAUCUGAAAAGAUUUCGUCACUACGUUAUCCCAUUUAGAAUAUGUUAGGUAUAAGUCGACGAGGAGUGAAUGCUGGACCGCCCCUGAGCUUGCCAUCUACACUGGAGGACUCUACGAAUAACUGGAAAGGUACACCGUCGGGACCGGCUGAUCCAUCGCAGCAACCCGGUGGAGCGGGUGGUCCAGUGGGAGGCGGUCCGGGAGGUGGCGGAGGCCCUGGCGGCCCCGGUGGCGGCGGCGUCAACAGCUUUGGCGGCCCAGGAGGCGGAAACAAUUUCGGCGGGCCGGUGUUUCCUGCCGCCGGACAAGGUUCUCCUGCGGGAGGAUCCGGUGCCAAUAGUUAUCAAAAUGUCCCUCCCGGGACUGGCUCAAAUACCCCGCAGUAUACAGCGUCGCCGGCUCCGUCGGGAUCCAGUACGCCCGGUCCAGGGCCGCCACAAAACGUAGGCUCUGGCUUCCCACCACCGAAUGCGGGUGCCGGCGGACCCGCUCCUUACAAUGGGCCCGGUGGCGGUCCAGUCGCUGGAGGUCCAUUCGGUUCGCCCUCCGCUAACGGUCCUCAGUUCGGGCGGCCUGGUAGCUCCGGUUCGGCAUUUGGCAGCGGGCCACACUUUACGUCACCUGGUGGUCCCGGAAGCUUUGGUGGGCCACAAUUCGGUAUACCUCCCGGGUCACCAUUUGGUCAUGGGCCCAACGGUCCGAAUAUGGGCGGACCGAUGAAUCAAGGACAUAUGAUGAGUGGUCCGCAGCCAGUUGAUCGAAUGGAUCAGAGUCAAUUGAACGUUCCCAGAAGGCAUGCAUACUUUGGACAACCUGACUAUAGAAUAUAUGAAUUAAAUAAGCGAUUGCAGCAAAGAACUGAAGACAGUGAUAAUAUUUGGUGGGAUUCGUUCGCGAACGAAUUCUUUGAAGACGAUGCAACCCUAACGCUAGCAUUUAUGUUGGAAGAUGGACCAAAAAGAUAUACUAUAGGACGCACACUAAUUCCUCGUUAUUUUCGAAGUAUCUUCGAAGGCGGUGUAACCGAACUGUACUUUAACCUGAGAAACUCGAAAGAGUCGUUCCAGCACACCUCUAUCACAAUUGACUGCGAUCAGUGCACGAUGGAAACGCUGCACGGAAAGCCCAUGUACACCAAGGUAUUCGCUGAGGGUCGGCUAAUACUGGAAUUUACCUUCGACGACCUGAUGCGGAUAAAGUCAUGGCACUUUGCGGUACGGGCCCACCGGGAACUUAUACCUCGUUCAGUGGUUGCGAUGCAUACCCAGCAACCGGAUCCGGCCAUGCUGGAACAGCUGACGAAAAAUAUCACCAGACAAGGAAUUACCAACUCGACACUAAACUAUCUGCGCCUAUGUGUGAUAUUAGAACCGAUGCAGGAAUUAAUGUCCAGACAUAAAGCGUACUCGCUGAGUCCGCGAGAUUGCUUGAAGACGACACUAUUUCAGAAGUGGCAGCGAAUGGUAGCACCACCCGACGCGCAACGGCCGGCCAACAAGCGGAGGAAACGUAAGGGUUCGAGCUCCGGAGCGGGGGCGGGCAAUGCCGGUCCGCCAGUGCCGAGCAAGAAACGAUCGCCCGGACCAAACUUUUCGCUGGCGUCUCAGGUAGACGUCAUGGUCGUGGGUGAGCCAUCGUUGAUGGGCGGAGAAUUUGGCGAGGAAGAUGAGCGGAUGAUUACCAGGUUGGAAAAUACGCAGUACGAUGCGGCAAACUCACUGGAGCACGAAAGUCAUAACGCUUUCGGUGGUCACAAUGACUCGCCAAUGACAGGGGGAGGUCCUGGCGGACCUAACUCUUGGCAGGUAGAUCGAGGCGGUGGUCCCGGGCAGCCCAACAAUAGCGGGCCGGCCAGUCAGGAAUCGGACAAGAAGAGUCUCGGUGUCCCAGUGACAGUUGUAAUACUAUAGGGUGAAAGAGGAAAACCAAUAAACCGGUUCGGCGGUCGUCCCCGAACGGUUAGCACCCUAUAUCUAUCUGAAAGAAGUUAAAACAAUAUGAGGUUCUUGAAAAAAGCAAAACUCGAUCGAACAUCAAGUGAGUCACCAGUACUACUACUACAGAGAAGACCCAAACUAAGACGUAACUUAAAUCAGCACAGGGACGGCGGUUGGUGAGGUGAGGCACGUUGGAGAGCAACAAGCGACGAGCGAGGAUCCGGUAUCCGGAUCUUUGGAAGCAAACUGCGGUUGCGUACAAGAUUUCCUAGUGUUUAAAUAACGAUCGAGAGCACAGAAUACUUAAUACUUGCAAGCAAGAGUUUUGGGUCGCAGACAGCGGGCGUGCGCAGUGAGCUUCGAUGAAGCGGAAGAAAUUAGCCAUUGUUUGCAUGUUUUAAACAAUUCCUCUGACAGCGGAACGCCGGGCGUAUUCGUUUUGUUUCAAGCAGUAUUUGGUUUUUCAAAACUGUGUAAAUCGUAUUGGUACGAUAGGCGUUUGGUAAACUCAAUGCUUUUUCUGGAAGCAGUUUUUAAAACUGUUGAAGAUAAACUCCAACAUUUAACAAAAAUGUUAUUUUGAACCAUAAAUUUCAUUUGAGAUGAAAUUGACUUCGAAGUUCGGCUGGAGUUCCGCACAAGGAAGAGAUUUGAAACAUGUAAACCGUGAAUAAUUCCAUCUUCAUGAAGCGAGGUGCAACGCCAGUUUAAAAAUUAGAACACUAAAAGUCCAGCAAAUGAAAAUGGGAAUAGAGUAGAAGUCAGUCAGUAGAAGCAAGGUUUUGGAGAGGAGCCAAAAUGAUUUUGAUCCAGAAUCCUUUAAAGCACUUUGAAAACGGAGGCAGGAAGGAGUAAAAAAUCAUAAAAAUGACCGCACUUAGCGUGGUGGGCGAGUGUUCGGGCGGAAAUUUUGCAAUAUAUAGUUAUCGUGUUUUUCGGAGAAUAACACGUUCAGUUUUGAUAACAAAACAAACCCGGGUCGUAUCAAUAUACGCUAUUAUAGCAAUGGGAAGUUAAUCAGAAUGGAAACAAAUGAAGAAGAUAAACCCGCUGAAAAGUAAGUAUAAAUAAUAUAACGGUAAAGCUUUUCCUUCGCGGAGAGGCUUGCCUCGAUUUUGGAGCGAACGGAAGAAGAAAUCGACCCGUGUGCUAGUGUAAAUGAUGAAACCAAUCUUUAAGCUUAGAUGUAUAUGAUAGUCGAGCGGUGUAAAUGUGGGGAUUCACUAUUUUUCGUUUCUGUUCGUUUUCCCUGGAAUCAUGGAAUGUCGAGUGAGAGUAUACAUGGGACUUUUCGGUAAAACGUACGUUUAGUUUUUAUUUUUCGUUUAUUAUUUAUUAAAAAGCAAACUUACGAUUGGCGAAAACGGUAAUUCUCCGAGAAAAAAAACUUAUUCUUAAGAGUGACGAUAGUUUUCUAGUUUAAAAGCAUAAUUUACCAAGCGGUGGGUCAGAAUACACCACGCAAAAUUUGCUAGCCCAUUCAUUACUCAUCCGGAGAUGAUGUAUAAAAAACUGAAAGAAGACGGAAAAAACAUGGACGUUUGUAAAAAGAAACAACUCAAUCCAUUAUGCAUCUUUAAUCUAAUCAAAAAAAAAAACACACACACACACACAUACACUGCAACUCUCACACAGGAAGCAAAAUGCGACAUGGAAUUUCGCGAAGAAAGAAAAAAGCAUAACAUAAUACAAAUCAAUAGUAAAAUUACCCUUGGAACGCAGACGCAGAAAAAUAGCACAGAAAUAUCGGAACGAAUGUUGAAACCGAAUGAAAGUGUAUCUGUAAAAUCUAGUAUUUUAAUGUAUUAAAAUAGGAAAAUUAAAAUAUUCUCUAAAGAAGCAAAGGUAAAUAUAAAUAAUUACGUUUUUGAAGUACAGACAAAAUGAAGCAAGACGAGCAAGGUAAAUUAUUUUAAUCAUGAAUCUCUUUUUAAAAAAUCCAUAAAAUCACGACAAAAAGAGGACAUCCGCGAGUAAAAUCAGAAUAAAUAAUCUAAACAAAAAAAAAAAAACAAAAAGAAAAUCAACAGAACAAGCAAAACAAAUGAAAAGCUAUGUACAUUACAAAACUCUAACUCAACCCUAUAAAUAAAUGCAAAGAAAAAAAAACACGCAGAAGGAAAAAAACAACAACAAAACCAGUAAACAACAUUGACUAGUAAACCCAGACAUUUGAAUUUAUCUGCAACGCGGAUUGUGCAAGGUUAAUCGGCAACAAGAAAAAAAAAUAAAAUACAAGAAAUUCCCAUCAUAAUGCAAAGUACCACGGCACCGGCAUUUUGAGGGUGGGAAACUAUAAUUCGCGGUAGUCUCAGUAAAAAAAAUAUGGGUGAAAGUAAGAAAAGGAAGAAGGCAAAAAAAAACAUCGUCAGUAUUUGUUAUAUAAACAAUCAUUAAGAAGAAAAAGAGUGAUCAUUAAGGAAAAAAAUCAUUAUUUUUACGUGUAUAUCUUAUUAUUAUUAUUGUAAUUUAAAGAAAAAGGAAAUAACAGAAAAAAGUGUUAGUAAAUCAU